CAAUGUGCUGUGCGUGCUUGAAGUGUUAGCUGGUUCCUCCUACGUAGCCAGUAGCCUCUAUCUGCCACUGCACCCUGCUGUCAGUGUUGCCGACUACCGUAUGAAAUACUUUUCAGAGCUACAUCUCUGAACAUCACCAAACGUAAAGAUGGCGGCCCGGACAAUGCAAGCGGCACGAUGCCCAACUGAUGAUCUAUCGCUGACAAAUUGUGCUGUAGUAAGCGAGAAGGAUCUGCAGUCUGGACAACAUGUGACUGUAAAGACCACGCCAACACACAAGUUUGUGUUCACCACCAAAACCCACCAUGCCAUUGUCCCUGGCACUAUCGCUUUCAGUCUGCCUCAGAGGAAGUGGGCCGGUCUGUCCAUUGGACAGGAGGUGGAAGUGGCCAACUACAACUUUGACAAGUCUCAGCAGUGCAUCGGUGCUAUGACUAUAGAGAUCGACUUCCUGCAGAAGAAGAGCACCGACACCAGCCCCUAUGAUUCAGACAAAAUGGCCAGUGAGUUCAUCCAGCAGUUCAACAACCAAAGCUUCUCUGUCACCCAACAGAUGGUGUUCAGUUUCUGCGACAAGCUCUUUGGGCUGGUGAUCAAAGACAUUGAAGCCAUGGACUCCAGCAUCUUGAAGGGAGAGCCAGCAUCAGGAAAAAAGCAGAAGAUUGAAAUUGGCCUGCUGGUGGGAAACAGCCAGGUGAUUUUCGAGAAAGCAGAAAGCUCCUCCCUCACACUAGUUGGCAAGGCUAAGACCAAAGAGCAGCGUCAGACCAUCAUCAACCCAGACUGGAACUUUGAGCGUAUGGGCAUUGGUGGUCUGGACAAGGAGUUCUCCGACAUCUUCCGCCGAGCUUUCGCCUCCCGAGUCUUCCCCCCAGACAUUGUGGAACAAAUGGGUUGUAAGCAUGUAAAGGGUAUCCUUCUCUUUGGGCCUCCUGGUUGUGGUAAAACUCUGAUGGCCAGGCAGAUUGGCAAGAUGCUCAACUCCCGUGAGCCCAAGAUCGUCAACGGCCCCGAGAUCCUUAACAAGUUUGUUGGAGAGUCCGAGGCCAACAUCCGCAAGCUCUUUGCAGACGCUGAAGAGGAGCAGAAGAGACUUGGCGCUAACAGUGGUCUGCACAUAAUCAUCUUUGAUGAGCUGGAUGCUAUCUGCAAGCAGAGAGGUACUGGGCAGGGCAGUACGGGAGUUCACGACACAGUGGUCAAUCAGCUGCUGUCCAAGAUAGACGGAGUGGAGCAGCUCAACAACAUCUUGGUCAUAGGGAUGACAAACAGGCCAGACCUGAUAGAUGAUGCUCUGAUGAGGCCUGGCAGGUUUGAGGUCAAGAUGGAGAUCGGUCUUCCAGAUGAGAAGGGCCGUGUUCAGAUUCUCAACAUUCAUACUAAUAAGAUGCGUGACUUUGGCCUGUUGGCUCCUGAUGUGGAUGUGAAGGAGCUGGCUGCCGAGACCAAGAACUAUAGUGGAGCUGAACUAGAGGGAUUGGUCAGAGCUGCCCAAUCAACAGCCAUGAACCGCCACAUUAAGGCCACUGCCACAGUUGAGGUUGACACAGAAAGAGCUGAGAAGCUGCAGGUCACCAGAAGUGACUUCAUGGGUUCCCUGAACAACGACAUCAAACCAGCGUUUGGUAGCAACCAGGAGGACUAUGCCAGCUACAUCAUGAACGGCAUCAUCAAGUGGGGAGACCCAGUGACCCGCGUGCUGGAUGACGGGGAGCUGCUGGUGCAGCAGACCAAGAACAGUGACCGCACGCCGCUGGUGGCUGUGCUGCUAGAGGGACCUCCUCACAGUGGAAAGACAGCCCUGGCUGCUCAAAUCUCAGAGAGCUCCGAGUUCCCCUUCAUCAAGAUCUGUUCCCCGGACAAAAUGAUCGGCUUCUCCGAGAACUCCAAGUGCCUCGCUAUUAAGAAGAUCUUUGAAGAUGCCUACAAGUCUCAGCUGAGCUGUGUGGUGGUGGAUGACAUUGAGCGUCUCCUAGACUACGUUCCCAUUGGACCUCGCUUCUCCAACAUGGUUCUCCAGGCCCUGCUGGUGCUACUGAAGAAGACUCCUCCUAAAGGCCGCAAGCUGCUGAUCAUCGGCACCACCAGUCGGAAGGACGUGCUGCAGGAGAUGGAGAUGCUGGACGCCUUUAGUACCACCAUCCACAUCCCCAACAUCUCUACUGGAGAACAUCUUGUGGAAGCCCUGGAGCUACUGGGAAGCUUCACGGAUGCAGAGAGGGCCACCAUCGGUCAGCACGUCAAGGGGAAGAGGGUCUGGAUCGGCAUCAAGAAGCUCCUCAUGCUCAUCGAAAUGUCCCUGCAGAUGGAUGUGGAGUACAGAGUAACCAAGUUCCUGCAGCUUCUCCGAGACGAGGGGGCGUUGGAUGAAGGCAACCACAUCCGAAUUUAACCUGUCGCUGAGGUGACCGCAAUGACCGCAGUGACCGCAAUGACCGCAGUUACAAGUUUGACUAGAGGUGAAGGAAUGUCUGACUGAGAAAUGAAGGGAGUGGAGAGGAAAAGACGACAUCUGUCCUUCCAUCCUUAUCCAAACCAUUAGAGAGAGUGACAUUUUCCCUUUUCAUCAUCCACGCAUGUUUCAGCGGCAACUGCCGUCAUCUGCCAUCCACUCAAACACUGUUACCCUAUCACAGAAACCUAUUGAAAGUCGUGCUGUUCCAAUAUGUCGUCUGUAUGGAUGGCAAAGUGCUGUCUUGUGCAUCGUGCGUAUAUUUAGCCAUGUAUAAUGUUUUAUCUUUCUGCAUUUACAGUAUAUCUGUCUCGCUAUCUAUAUUUCUUUUCACCAGUGAAUAUAUCAGUCUUGAAAUAAAAACAUGUAUUAUAAAUAUUAUUUAUACAUAUAUAUAUAUAUACAUGCAUAUACAGUGCCAGUCAUUAAACCCAUCAGAUUAUAACUCAUUAAAGGCUUUUAGUAAGUGUUUCAGUGGAAGUGAGAAGUGCUGUUCCGCGUGUAAAUGUAGGCUAUUUCCUCCACAUCUGUUAUUUAUUUUCUGUACAUAGUUUAUGUAAAAUACAGAGGAUCAUGAAUGGUUUCAACAUAAUUUUAUUGACUAUUAUUGAGUGAUGUAUAUCAGUAUUGAUGUUUAUUUUACUGCAAAUGUUAAGUUUACAAAAAGAUAUGUGGUGUUUGUAACUCGUUGUAGUCUAUCAAUGUACAAUAUAUCUAUUCUGUAUGAACGAGAACAGUAUUAAACAAGUCAGCACUUUUGAAAUGGUUUAGGAUGCUACAAAGAAACCUUUAUUACUAAUCAAAUAUGCUCAACGUGUGAUAUUGGGUGAGUGUGUGUAAGCACUGUGUAUGAACAAGCAUUACUUAUGUGUGUGCCAGUAAGAGUGAGUGUGUUUGUCCGUGUAUAAGGACAGUAUGUGUGUAACUGAAUCCAAAUUUGACCAGUCUUUUGUUGUGAUCCAAUCCAUUUGUUCAUUUAUUACUUCAUGUGAACAGUGCUGGUUGUCAAAAACAAAUUUUAUGUUCUGUCCAUUGACUAUGAGUCAACAUACUGAUGUAUCAUUGCAUUAAAAGCAGAUGCACAAGGUACAAAGAACGCC